CCCAAUUUCUCUCUCACAUUUUCUUCCCCAGAAAUAAAUAAAUAAAUAAACACACCAUGGUUUUUGUCUGAUCAAUCAACCUCUACUUUUUCUUGUUUCAGAAAUUACUUGUGAAUGCUCAGGGAGGCCCAUGUAAUUGAAUUUGUUACUAGGGCAAACGUUGAUUUGGUUUAGGGUUUUAGUGCGAUUCUGUUCGAAGUUGGAAAAUUUCAAUGGCGGAAGGAGCUUUAAAGGUGAUGCCUAAUGCGAGAAGGCCUCACUUCUUUGCCUUCUUUUCUGCUGAUUUGAGCUCAGAGCGACUGAAAAUACCAGAGAGGUUUAUGAUUCACAUGGAAGGGAGAACAUCUGGAAUAGUUGUAUUGUCUGGUCCUAGCGGGAAUGCAUGGAAUGUUCACUUGAUUGAACAAAAUGGUGAUUUGUUCUUCCAUUUUGGGUGGCCGGCAUUUGUAAGAGACCAUUCCCUAGAAUGUGGUGACUUCUUGAUUUUCAGAUAUGAUGGUGAGUUGCGUUUCACUGUGCAAAUUUUUGAUCAAACUGCGUGUGAGAAAGAAGCCGCAUUUCAUUCCCAAUGUGGCCAAAGUUCUAGCUACUUUGAAAAACUUAUUGGACGGAAGAGGGCCAGGGAGGAAGGAUGUGGGCUUGACAGGCUGCUAUUUGAAGAAUCGACUUCUUCCCAGCAAUCAAAGACAUGUGAAAAUCCUGGUUUGGAUGUUGUCAUAUACAAAGCAAAGCAAGCCAUCCAGAAUAAUUUGAAUGAUAGAGUUUGUAUGCAGAUAUCUUCGGCACAUGAAGUAGCUCAAUCAUUUAGCUCCUCUAAUCCUUAUUUUCUGAGAAUCAUGAAAAGUUUCAACAUCAGCGGUUCAUAUACUUUGAAUAUUCCAUAUAAAUUUUCAGUGGCACAUCUACCAAACUGUAAAGUAAAGAUUGUCCUUCUAAACUUGAAAGGAGAAAGUUGGACCGUCAAUUCUGUGCCGACCACAAGAGUGCAUACAAGUCAUACUCUUUGUGGAGGAUGGAUGGCUUUUGUCCGUUAUAAUGACAUAAAGCUAGGAGAUAUCUGCAUUUUUGAACUUGUGCGGGAGUGUGAAUUUCGUGUCCAUAUUCAAACUGGAGAAACAUCUAGUAGGUUAUGUGCCGGGCUAGCUUUGAAAGGUUUGUCAAAGAAAGUGAAGGGGAACUCUCCUAAAGUCCAUACAAAGAGCCUAAGGAAGAUAGAGAUGUCUGAAACAAGGAAACACGGAAGCACAUCAAAAUCUAUUGCCAAAGGCGCAUCUCAGUCAAAAGCAGCCAGUAAAAAGUUGGUUACUCGCAGGAAAAAAAGUGUUGAUGAUGAACUAGGGUCAAAAGCUGAGUUAAGAAUGAGGUUAACACUUGAUGAAGAAAAAGCAGCUCGAUCUUUCACUUCUUGCUUCCCAAAUUUUGUGAAGAUCAUGAAGAAGUUCAAUAUCAGUGGUUCAUAUACAUUGAAAAUCCCAUACCAGUUUUCCACAGAACAUCUACCCAACUAUAAAACAGAGAUCGUGCUUCGAAAUUCAAAAGGGGAAUGUUGGACCGUGAACUCUGUUCCAGACUCGAAAGGGCGAGUGGUGCAUACUUUCUGUGGUGGGUGGAUGGCAUUUGUUCGUGGAAAUGAUGUCAACAUUGGAGAUAUCUGCAUUUUUGAACUUGUUGGUAAGCGAGAGAUGCGAGUGCACAUUUCUGGCGCUGAUAAAAAUGGGUUUGAUCAUCAAGGUGGAGAAGCAACGACUAAUGCAGAGUAUAGCUAGUGUAAUCUACCAGAAAUUGUUCAAUGUGACACAUGAUUCGAGCUCAACUAUCCAUGAAGUCAUGUUUUAUGGUGAGCUUUUUUAUUUGCGUUUUGUUCUGCUCUAAUCAUGUGUGGAUGUGUCUGCUAACUAAAUUCUCUUUAUGCGGACUUUUUCAUCUACAAGACUACCAAGCAAUCAUCCUUGUCUGUGAUGAAUGUGAAUAUGUUAAUAAAACUUAAACCAGUAAAUGAAACUCCAUCCUUUCCUAUCA